CCGGGGUCCUUUCCAGAGUACUGGCUAUUCAUCCUGGCAGGAGGGGCCCGCUGUGUCCACAAGGGUUGAUCCGUGGCUGAAGGUCCAUCUGAGGCCAUGUCGGGUCGCUCAGUGCCACACGCCCACCCGGCCACCACCGAGUACGAGUUCGCUAAUCCGAGCCGCUUAGGUGAACAACGAUUUGGGGAAGGCUUGCUCCCAGAGGAAAUCCUGACUCCCACCCUGUACCAUGGCUACUAUGUCCGACCACGUGCAGCUCCAGCUGGGGAAAGCAGUGGAGCAGGGGCCUCGGAGCUCCGUCUUAGUGAAGGCAAGUUCCAGGCCUUCCUGGAUGUGAGUCAUUUUACCCCAGAUGAGGUGACAGUGAGGACCGUGGACAACCUGCUGGAGGUGUCUGCCCGGCAUCCUCAGCGCCUGGAUCGACAUGGUUUUGUUUCUCGUGAGUUCUGCCGUACCUAUGUCCUGCCUGCUGAUGUCGAUCCCUGGCGAAUUAGGGCUGCACUCUCCCAUGACGGCAUUCUUCAUCUGGAGGCUCCACGGGGAGGAAGACAUUUGGACACAGAGGUUAAUGAGGUCCACAUUUCUCUGUUACCUAGGCCUCCUGACCAGGAGGAAGAAGGGGAGGGAGACUUGAUGGGACUCUGAGUAUCCCAAACCUGGCACCAAGCAAGUUCCUUUCUACCUUACAGGAAGGGCUACUGCUGUAUGGUGAAGAGAGCAGCUGCCCACCAGCUUAGAGACAGUUAUAUCUCAUGGGGGAAAGGAAUGAAAAGGGGAAGGGGAGAGGGGAUGGAGCGAGGGUAUGGCGGGGUUGGGGGGAGAAUAAUAAUGAUCCAGAGUGGAAUGUCUAUCUAGUUUGGUCCCUUGGAACAUGUGAUAGCCUUGUCAUUCAGCUGUGGGUAGAGAUGAAUAAAUCUAAAUCCCAGGGCCCUGUUUGUGUUUCUCCCUAUUCUAUAGCCUGAAGAAUAAGACUAAGAGUGAGGAAAGAAGUCCUAGACGAGGGCUGCAGAAUUCCUGGCUGGACAGAGUGCUCAGAAUUUGGAUAUGCUGAGCUCAACGCCAGACUAAGCUCACAGCUGGAUGCUGUGAUUACAGCCGGGCAUUGGCACUGACUCCUAAUCAGAUUCCUAGCUCUGAUUUUCUCACAAUACAACAAAAGCCAGAGUGAUCCUGGUAGGGGAUGAGGACUGUGCCAUCCAAACAAGCCAGAGGGCAUUGUCUGGGCUGGUGAUUAGAGAUACAAAAACAAGGGUCUCCAGACAGUCUGGAUUUUUCAAGGUAGAACUUGGGAUGAGUCUGGGGAAAAGAAAAGAACAUGUUUUUGUCUAUGCAGUGCUGUCUAGAGCAAUGUCCUUUAGUUCCUGGGCACCUACUUCUAUCAACUAGACAGAGUUCUUACAUUCAAGGGACUGAAUACACCCAGGGAGCACGAAUAUUGGAAUGAAUGAAUGAAUGAACAAAUGAAUGAAUGAAUGAAAAAGCAUUAAGCAAGGAAUCAUCCUCCACAAUCACCCUUGUGCCCCAAAGUGUCCAUAGCAGUCAUACAUCAUGAUGCUAGAAGGGUUUUUAGAGAUCAUCUGACUUAAUCCUUCAUUUUGUAUAUGAGGAAACUGAGACCCAGAGACUUAAAAUCCUAAAUUUGGAGAUGGAUGAGACCUUAAAGUUCAUGUAGACCAACACCUAUAUUUUACAGAUGAGGAAACUGAGGCCUAUAAAGGAAAAGUGACUUGUUCCAGGUCAUGCAAGUAGGUAGAGGGAGAGCUGAGACUAAAACCCGAGGUUUUUUGCUCCUAACGCAUUUUCAUAAACUUAUAAUUUUUUUCAACUAAUAAUCAUUUAUUUUAUUUCCCUGCCACCUCCCCUGCUUUGUGAUAAAUAUGCAUGGUUAAGCAAAGCAAGUUUCCAUAUUUGCCACUUCCAAAAAUGUAUGGCUCAGUCUACAUUUUUAGUCCAUCACCUCUCUGUCAGAAAAUAAAUAGCAUGCUACAUCACUGGUCCUCUGGAGCUGAUCACUGUGUCAGGCAGAGUCCUAAGUCUUUCAAAGUGAUCCAGCACCUUUACAUAGACUCCUACCCUUUCUUUCAGGCUGGGGAGAAAGUAUUUCACUCUAAUUCAUGAAAUAUCCCAUAGCAAGAAUCAAACUGCUCCAUCAACUUCUAGCACUAUUUCUACCACUUUAAGGAAAGGACCAAACAUA